AUGAUCAUCUUCUCGUCGCGCAGUGUACUGCUGUCAGUCUACUAUCCACAGAUCUUCCUUAUCCUGACGAGCGGCAGCUACCUGGCCCUGUCAUCGGUGGUGGCUCUGGGUGCCAACAUCAUCUGCAACAAGAUUCCUGGGCUGGCGCCUCGCCAGCGGGCCAUCUGCCAGAGCCGCCCGGACGCCAUCAUUGUGGUGGGUGAGGGCGCUCAGCUGGGCAUCAAUGAGUGUCAGUACCAGUUCCGCUAUGGACGCUGGAACUGUUCGGCCCUGGGAGAAAGGACUGUCUUCGGUCAGGAGCUGCGAGUAGGCAGUCGGGAAGCAGCAUUCACCUAUGCCAUCACAGCAGCAGGGGUGGCCCACGCCAUCACAGCCGCUUGCAGCCAAGGCAACCUGAGCCAAUGCGGCUGUGAUCGGGAGAAGCAGGGCUACUACAACCAGGAGGAGGGCUGGAAGUGGGGAGGCUGCUCAGCUGACAUCAAGUAUGGCAUUGACUUCUCUCGCCGCUUCGUGGAUGCUCGCGAGAUCAAAAAGACCCCGCGUCGCCUGAUGAACCUGCACAACAAUGAGGCGGGGAGGAAGGUUCUAGAAGAAAGGAUGAAGCUGGAGUGCAAGUGUCAUGGUGUCUCAGGCUCCUGCACCACCAAGACCUGUUGGACUACCCUUCCAAAGUUCCGUGAGAUUGGCUAUGUACUGAAGGACAAGUAUAACGAGGCCGUGCAUGUGGAGGUGGUGCGGGCUAGCCGGCUGCGCCAACCCACCCACCUUAAGGUGAAGCAGACUCAGGGCUAUCGCAAGCCCAUGGAGACGGACCUUGUCUACAUUGAGAGGUCACCCAACUACUGCGAGGAGGAUGCGGCCACAGGGAGUGUGGGCACCCAGGGACGCCUGUGCAACCGCACCUCGCCGCAUACGGACGGCUGCGACCUCAUGUGCUGCGGCCGAGGCUACAACACACACCAGUACACCAAAGUGUGGCAGUGCAACUGUAAGUUCCAAUGGUGCUGCUUCGUCAAGUGCAACACGUGCAGCGAGAGGACGGAGGUGUUUACCUGCAAAUAAGGAGACGAGGAACUCAGUGCCAGGAGGGGAGGGGCCAAGGACUAGGAUGGCUAGGAUGACUACGAUGAGGAAGACCCAAGAGGGCAAAAUAUGCGUGUCUUGGAACAGUGAGAGAUUUUGAAAUAACGAAUGGAAUUUACACUAUCAGCUCUUCAUGGCGUCGUUUUGCACAGCAGAAUCUAUAUUUGCUUUUGAGAAAGUAAAUGCUAAAUAUCAGUAGGUAAUACCCCAGAACUUUACUGUCACAUAGAGAUUGUGCUCACGUACUGAUGUAUUCACGGUGAAGUUGGGACUACAAGAAAGAAAUGGGGCCCGCGCCGGGAACUGUGCUUUGCACUCUGGGAAUUGUAAUUCUUUAUUUCACAGGAGACUCUUUCAUGGGAAGAAAAGACAGCAACCUGGGAGUUGAUGAAAAAAGACAGCAGCUGAUGAGGGGUGACUGGGAGAGAUCCCUCUAAGUCUUUGAAAACUUUUAAGAGUUUUGUCAUAUUUCCACUUAAGGGGAACAGAAGUGAAUAUUUGACCCCCCAAAUUGGCUGGGUUUUAUGUUGGAGGUCUGUAGAAAUGAAGAACACUUUGUUAAGUAUGGUGCCUUGGGGCACGCCAAAAGCUGAGUGGAGAACUCUCUUUGUUAAGCCCUCUGCUGCCAACUGGAAUAUGGUGGAGUAUGUUAGUUUUCCAGUCACACUGGAACUGUCUGUUUUGAACACUGAAAAUAAAUUGUUUAUUUAUGUUAUAGUAUCUUAAAACGAAGCACUAACGGGUAGAGAUGUCUUUUUUGUACUAAGUGUAAAAAAAAAAAAAAUACUUUUUAGAAACUCUGACUGAAGAUGUGUGUCUAUUAGAAAAUACCCCCCAAUCCCUAAAGUCCCCUUUUCUAAAAAAGAAAAAAAGAAAGAAAAAAAGGUUUCAUUGCUACUGGUGUGUUGACAACAAAACAUCUUUACAGUGUAUUUCACAUUCAAUCACCUUGGUUCUAUUUUACUGUAGCAUAGCUUUUGUUUGCAGUCCUUUAUGCACCAAACAGUAAUAUCUGUUUGGACGCUUUUGCAUUUUCAGUAAUAGACAGUAGCAAUUAA